AUGGUUAUCCUGACUGAGCAUUAUCGACAUAUUUUGUUAUUUUACUUUAGAAAAGGAAAAAAUGCCACCCAAGCGCGAAAGAAACUAUGUGACGUUUAUGGCGAGGAUGCACUGAGUGAACGCCAAUGCCAGCGUUGGUUCGCCAAGUUCCGUGAAGGAGAUUUCAGCUUCGAGGAUGCACCACGAAGUGGACGACCAUCGGCUGUUAAUGAGGACCAAAUCAAGGCAUUGCUCAAGGAAAAGCGUCGGUAUACCACCCGACAAAUGGGAGAAAAGCUCAACGUAUCACAUGUAACAGUCCAGAAUCAUUUAAAAAAGAUAAAACGCAUCAAACGUCGUUAA